CAAACGCCCACAGUUCUCAGGCUUGUUCUCAAUGACAACAGUUUUCAAAACUAUCAUCUCUCGUUCUCCGUCUACCAUUCUCUCGCAGCUCGCUCAUCUCAAAAACAAUUUCUACCGCCAUUCGCUUUUUUUCACAGUCUCACCUCCAUCCUCGAGUGACGACAUAUCAGCAAUCGUAGACGCUCUCAAUAAUCUGUCAGAAGAAAGCGUUGGAUGCAUUUCAUCUCCAGCACCAAGCAUAACAUGCUCUCUAGCGUUCAUGAACAAAUCUACAUCCACUCUCUUUCGUUCUACCAUCCCAGGUAGAGCGAGAAUACAAGUCGGAAGAUGGCACUCAUAUGCGUUAAAGGACGAGAAACACAUGGAUCAAUUCCCAGCUUGGGGCAGCAAUAUAGAUUGGGGGGAGAUUUGGAAUCAGAACGAGAGAUUUUCUGGAGCUCUCCCAAAGGAACUGAAGUCUUCAACCAUGAAUCCCAACCAAAUCCUCUACCUUUCCGAUCCAUCUCCCGAAGGCCUCAUAUCGUCCCUUUGCUCUACUUUUCCAUCAUCUCACCAGCUCGGUCUCCUCGCUUCAUCCACACCGUUCAUAACCGGUCGUCCAGUAACCUUAUUUCACAACGGGAAAGUGUUUGAAACUGGUGCCGUCGGUGUCGCGAUCUCUUCGCCCAACAGCCAACAAACCGUGGAUCUGCACUUACCAGAAGACGUAAAGCCGUUGGGAGAGGAAAUGCUCGUUACUCGGGCAGAAGGAAACCUCAUAACAACCCUCAACAACUCUAAUCCAACCCGUCUUCUCCUUCGUGCUAUCGAAACCGCAGGAAUCGACGCGAGUUCCGAAGGAGCGAUCCUCUUCAAGGAGCAAGAAGAGUUUUAUCUUGGGGUUCCGGAUUCUCAGAUUCACACCAUCACUUCGGGUGAUAUUUCUCGUGGGACCAUGGCAUUGAACACAACUCGUGCGCCUGGUGUGGGUUCCAAGGUUCAGUUCUACCAUCGUAGUAAAAGCACCAGCCACCGAGAACAACCGCUUCGUUCCUCUAAGCAGCUGUCCGUAUCCUUCAGAGUGGCGAAACCAGAACCGGAACUCGAAGACCAUAUUAAGGAUCCCAUUAUCCUAGACAACGUCUUUUAUACCAAUAGCGAGAACGGUUUUGUUGUUGCACGAGGGUUCGGAGAGGUACCUUGGACAUGCACUGUUCCUGGAUGUGUUGCGAGUUUGCGUGUGUGAUUAAGGCACAUGUAUCAUCAAUGUUGUUAAUUUCAUUGACCAGUCGUGGGCUAGAGAUCUCGAGAGCCAUUCUUCAAACCGAGUAGACAUAAUUUGUUGGUAUUGUCGCUCGAAUGCUAGCGUGG